AUGGAAUCCGUAGAGCCCAAACGCAGUAUUCUGCUACCGAGCAAAGCCGACAAUGGUGGAGGCGAGAAUAUUCGAAUUCUGGAGAGCGAAAUACCAGGUAGGGGAGAACGGGGUCGCACAAGGGAGAAGAGAGGAAAUGUAUCCAGCGGGACAUCCCAAAAUCGGUCAAGAACCACCAGCCGACUGCGUGGAAAUAUGCAAGAAUAUUUGAAAUGGACCGUGCUGAGCCACGAUCCAUCGGAGAGACUCUCUAUAGACAGCAACCACAGCGGAACAGAAGCCAGCGACGACGAGGAGGACGUUAGUGAUGAAGAACAAGUGAGUGACGUUGAGAACGAACUGGAUAUUGACGCUGCGCUCGGUUACGAUCUGGGUGCCAGGGUUCUGCCGAAUUUUGUUUCGAGUCUGUGGGACGUGCUGCAGGCUGAAAAAGCUUGGAUCUCGAAGUACCAGAGCGAGAUUCAGAGCAAAAGUCCGCCUGUGCAAGUAGAUGACCUUGCAAAUGGGUUUGCCAGGGCUAUAGAGGUGAUACACGGGUCCAAAGCAGAAGACGGAGACAACGCCAACAAAAUCAAUUCGAGGCAAGGUUCGUCGUACAUACUGUACCUGGAUCUUACGACAGAGUCAUUCUACGCACUUCUGUACGUUUUCGGCGCUGUGCUGAACUCCAACGACACCUUGUAUGUGCUGUACGUGACGCCGAAAGUGCCUCGCGAAAGACUGCAGUCCAAUGUGGCUCGUUUGAAAGCUCAAGUGGCGUACCUACUUGACGCCUCUGCCUCCAUUUUGGACUCCAUAAGUGUUGUGGCCAUUUCGGUGUCGCAUCCGUACCCGAAACACCUGUUAAACGAGAUGGUUUUGGCCGUGCAGCCGAUGGCACUGUGCGUGCCGCUUUCGCUGUUGCUGUCAUCACUUCAAAACUAUGUUUGUCCUAUUCCCACAGUUGUAAUACGCAGAAAGUUGAAGCGGUCGAAGAAAAAGGGCCUGAGCGAGUGA